AUGGGGAGUUCCUCCGAUUCCGCGCUCUGCACUGAUCCGGAUCUGUUGGUAUCUCACAGGUUCCCGCAGGUUUGUCUCCAUAAUUCUCCAGCUUUAACCCGUCCGGUUCAACCAUUUCUUUCCGGAGUUAUCGCGGGGAGCUCUGAUGGUCGUCAUCUUCUUUUUCUCGUUUCCUGUCUCAGACUGUGUUCACGUACAACGAAAGGUUGGAAACGCGUGGCAUCCGCGCCAGAGCUCUAUCCCUUUAUUUAAUAUUUUGAUGCCACUUUACGAUUUAUCGUCAUAAGUUUUGAAGAGCCUGAGCUUUUUUCUGUUGCCCAUUGAGGUUAAAGAGAUGUGGUGCUGUAUGCCCUUGGGAUCGGUGCAUGCGGUGGGGAUGCUGUGGAUGACAAGGAGCUCAAGUAUGUGUAUCAUGGAGAUGGUCAGCAUCACGUUAAGGUCCAACUUUCAGUCACGGAUAAUUACCUUCUCGUUUUAAUUAUGCGGCUGGGGACAGAGAUGUGUUACGUGUUGUUUUUGAAUUAUUGUCUGAUUUUUCGGUAUUCCGAAAUCAGUCGAUGAGUUUUCAUGCUGCAUGCAGUUAACGGUGAAGCGGCUUGAGAUAUCAUAGAAAUUCACUGGAGAAAAACAGCUGAAAAACUAUUUUUUUUCUGUCGAUCGUGCAGUAAAAAUUUAGAUAACAUGAAUAAAGGUUUUUCCUGAAGAUGCAGCGGUGACAUGCUCGAAUAUACUUACAAUUUUAAACUAAUUGUUGUUUAGGUUUUACUAUCAAUGAUAUUACAAGUAUUAUAUUUAUUAGCUCAAGAGGGAGUUUGACAACCUUAAUCAACAGAAUAAAGUGACAUUUAUUACAUGGUGUCAUGCGACCACUUCAUACUCCGCAUAAGAUGUCGCAGAAUCAUGGCUUGCAUACCCAGAUCGUCGACAGCUUUGUUUUCUUUGGAUCAGAAGUUUUACCCCAUCGGCAGGCCUUUUCAAAUGCUCUACAUGCAUUUUGGGUUGAUUGUAUGAAUCAUAUUGACAUUCUUCACUCUCAGGUUUUGCCCACAUUUGUCACUAUUUUUCCUUUCCACAGUGAAGGUAUUAAAGGCAUGCCAGAUUUGCAGUUAAGUACCAAGAGGGUGUCUAUAUUUUCAUUAUGACUUUUGUUGUAGUUUGUUACUCACAUCUUGUAACGCCCAUUAGUAUUAAACUUCUCUGGCUAUUUUUGGUCACUACAUAGUUAAAUAAAACUGUGCUCCUGCAUCUCUUGCAGGUUUGAUCCUUCGCUGAUGUUGCAUGGGCAACAAUACAUCGAGAUCUACAAGACCCUGCCUACAAAUAGCCGUGUAAGUAAUUAGGCAAAAAUUUCAGCUCUUUAUUUAUUUGUUAGUUUUAAAUUAUUCUCCUGCUGAUGACAAGGGUGCAUUUUUUGGCUUUUUUUAUUCGCUAUUGUGGUUUGAUCAUGUCUCUACUCACUUGCAUCUGUUUAUGCUUUUCUUCCUCCAGGUUCAGCAAAAACCUUGCUCCAAUCAAUACUUUCAUCAUGUUGAACUCGGAUAUUAGGUCUCGUAUUUACUGAUAUCCCUGGAAAAAGCCUCCUAGUUCUAGUUAUUUCCAUUUUGUUGUACAUUAUAGAGAGUCGUUUACUUGAGGGAUUACCUAGACCAAAUGUCAUCCCCGAGGUACAAGGCAUUCAAUAUGCCUCAUCAGGCAACCUUGCAUGGGGGUUGCCUGCACAGCUUAGACAGCGGUGUGCAAGCUAAGCCACACGUUGACGAAGUUGAACAGAAAUUCCGUCAGCAUUCAAAUGUCACAGGGCUGCAUCAGUACUUUCAUACUCAAUUGUCAUUACAUGCAAAUGUUUGUGACUGUCCAUAUCAAACGAAAAUGGGAGCAACAUUUGAAUAAAAUAUUUCUAAUUUUUUAUCUAAUUAGUGAUUUACUAAUAUUUACAUGCCGAUUCUUAUCAUUUAAUUUAAUUUAUUUUAUAAAAUACGCUUAUAUUUACAUUACUACCAAAAUUAUUGCAUGUGUUUUAUUAUAAGCCGUCACCUGGUGCAUUCCCUUGUACACUAAGGCAAUGAGAUGGUGGAUAAUCACCACCAUGGUCACUUAGAUUAGAAAAUUAGUGAUCCCGCACCCCCCCACGAAAAAAAAAAAAAAGAGGCCCCUAGGGAGUUGGUGAUGUGCUUGAGAUGCUACUGUGCUUUGUUCCAACAAUUAUAUUGGUUAGAAUAUUGAACAAAUUGAUGAUAGUUUGUAUUACUAUGCAGUCAUCAUGAUAACACGUUCCUUCAGAAUAAAUUGCAGCACGAAUUAUUGCGGUAUUCUGCCUCCGAUAAAUAUUUCUUUAUCAUUCCUAACCUUUAAGUGCGCCUGCUGAUUCUAUAUUUCUUUGAAUAGAGUGCCUAUAAAUUGGACAUUCCUCACAUUUAUUGAUGUCGCAUAAAACCUAAUUUUAAAAUGUUUCUAUGGCAACAUAGCAUGCGACAAAUCGAGCAAAAGUUUUGUAUUCUGUCAGAAAUACUCAGAAAUACAUUACUUUUGGGCAAUGUGUUCUUGACUGUUUUUUGUGUCACGUUGGCGUUUUCACUCUUUCUGGAUCGUUUUCUCAAGAACAUUACCUUGUUCUAAUUGUUGCCUGGAAACAAAAAAUACUAGAGGUUUGUCUUUGGUAUGAGGGAAAAUAAAAUCAUUGAAGAACUAUGGUUAGAUCUCUGAAUCAACCAAACAGAAAAAGGGUAGCAUCUUCAGGUCUGAGGUAUUAAAAGUAGUCACUUCAUCGGUGCAUGUGCUUUUAAAUAGAUCUAAUAGUGGAUGAUUUUUAUUUUUAUUUUAACGGAGAUUGUAUGAUAUAACAACCAUUAAGAUGUCUGUUUGUUCCGAUACUAUUGGCUGGGUUCAUUUCAUUAAGAAGAUAGAAUCUGACAUUAGUAUGAUCCUUGGGUGCAGAUACAAAAUAAGCAAGCAAUUGCAGGUUUGCACGACAAAGGUACUUCACUACACUUAGUCCUUAUCACUGAUCUUGGAUACUAAAAAUAAUUCGAUCUUUUACUGUUAACUGUUCCCCAUCGUUAAAAGGGUACUGCAGCAUUCUGAUUUGGUGUGACACUUCGGUUCAUAUUUUCAAUAAACUUGCAGGAGUCUUCUAUACUGAAUAGAAACCAUAGGUGUCAAGGUUUUCAUUGCGUUGGAAAGGAUUGGGACAAAAAAAAAUUCCUUUUAGUUAAACUAAAAAAAGUGUCUUGUAAAGAUUCCGUGAACAUCUUCCCCCAUUGUAUAGGGAAGGCAGCUAUUAUUGAACUUGAAACGAGCAGUUAUGAGCAGGAAUCCGGUGAAGUUUUAUGCAUGAACAGGUAUCAUGUGUGAAGGAAUUCUUUGUUUAUCCAAUUAUACUUAUCCGUCUUACCAAGGAUCCAACUUUUUUCAGGAGCACUCUGUAUUUUCGAGGUGCUGGUGGGUUCUCUAAAUCAUCACAACCAUAUUCUUAUUCAAAUUAUCCACAGAGCCAGGUCUCUGCUGUUAGAAUUCCAAAAUCUAAACCUGCUGCUAUAUACGAGGACUACACCAAGCAGAACCAGGCACGCUGUGAAAACCACUUUAAAUUGACAUUUAGUGUUUCCUUUGCUCAGAUCAUUAUCACUUGAAUAUUCAACUGUUUACCACCUUCAAAGAAAACAAGAGUAUUGUGCGAGCAUCUAUUGUCCAUUAACAAGUUCUGCAUAUUCUGUUGGUACUUUUUUUCUGUAUUUAGCUCGUAAUUCAACAAAUUUUGUACACAAUGAUUCGAAACAUGCUGUAAACCUGUCUAUUAAGUAUUUCUGUUAGAUUAAUUGUUGUUAGGUAUGUCCAUCUGACAAGAUAUUUAUUAUUAUUCUUUUAUAAUUUAGUAUCCUGGCUAUCACCUAGCCAGCAAUGGAAUUCAUGGUUACUUUCUUGAAAAGGAAGGAUAAAUAAACCAAUCACUUUGGGGCAGAGACACCAGGGGGGAGUGCGAUCACCUAACAAGAGCAUGGAAUGGUACAAGGGAAGAUGCGUUGGUUUGGUGUAAAAUGACGUGGAAAUAUGCAAAAUUAAAAUUGUAUUAAAUGCUGAUCUACUGUAUGUGUAUAGCUUUAUUUGUAUGACCAGAUUGCGUAUCUCUGCAUUAUGUCACCGAACUAGAAGAAACUCGCAAAAUAUCUUUCAUGAAUUCGGCAUUUCAGGGACUUUUGUAUAAUAUAAGCACUCUGAAUGAAUACUUUUUUUUUAUGUCAAAUGCAUGAAAGCAUUUUGUUUUUCUAAAUAACGGGUUGGGUUCACAGAACAUGUGAUUGAAUGCUGGUAUUGAAUGGUCAGCUUCUAAACUUAUUGAUAUGACGGUCAUAACAUUUUCCCUUCAUAAAAUAUUCUUUCUUGAGCGAAUAUGUUUAAUGUGCACAUGAAUUUAUCAUGUUUACAAUGCCACAUUCUUUCUUGAGACCAUGAUUUUAUGCGUAGGAGAUUUCCCUAGCACGACUGACCCUUGAAAAAUAUAUCUACCUCUCAUAUUUCUCAUGCGAUGUUGAUUUCAUUCCUAGUUGACUAUUCCUUUGCUAUUAAAUUCGAACAUAAAAGGAAAUUGAUAAGAUUCAGAUCUUUUCUGUCAUUUGAGGCUAUAACUUAAGGCUCUUGUUUUCAUUGAUGCAGGCCUUGUUGUAUAGACUAUCAGGUGACCAUAAUCCUUUGCAUUCAGAUCCAAUGGUUGCAGAAAUUGCCGGGUGAGCAUGGCAGCAGUUUCUGAUUUUCGGUUCCUAGUUCCACCAUAUCUCCGGCGAUCCUUAUUAGGUUUUGGUUGUAUGUCUUCAUCAGUUUCCUCCCUGCCCAUUUGUUUCUUCACUCUUUUUUUACUGUUAGAACAUUCGGUUUAGCUGUAGUCUAAAGUUUUACAUGGGCAAGUUUAAUAAAAUUUCCCUGAAACAUAUGCAAGCUCGCACAUUCUUCAGCGAAAUUCAAUCUUGAGAUGAAUGAAACAGCAGCUCGCAAGCAUAUAAUCGCUAACAAAACUUUGAAUCCUAUUCGGUCUAUUCAUGCAUCAACAUAAGUCGGGGGAUGCAGUGUAGUUGAUAACUAUGCUGGUAUGCUCUAUUGUGAACCUCUUCCCAUUUUAGCAUCCAUCACCGACCACACUAACGAUUCGCCAUUUAUGAAGAUCAAAGGAGCUAUUAAUGCUUGCAUUGUUCUUCACAAUUUGGGUCUAUUAAGCUUGAUGCCAUCACAGUCUUCUGUCCUGGAAGACGAUGUGCUUUAGUGUUCCUUGUGGUGCUGAUGCCUCUGCCUCCUGAUCUCAUCUCGUGUUGACUUUUGAAGAUUUGAUCGGCCAAUACUCCAUGGCCUGUGCUCUCUCGGUUUCGCUGUGAGGGCCGUCAUCAAGAGCUUCUGCAACGGGGAACCCUCCUCAGUGAAAGCUGUCUUUGGGCGCUUCCUCCUGCAUGUGUACCCCGGGGAGACCCUCAUCACAGAGAUGUGGCUCGACGGCUCAAGGUCGACCACCAUUGACCUCUCUCUCUCUCUCUCUCUCUCUCUCUCUCUCUCUCUCUCUUCUCUCUGUGAUAUUUAUGUAUAUGUAUAUGCUUAGUGUGGUCUCUUGGUCAUCCAGGGUGACCUAUCUGACGAAGGUGAAGGAACGAGGACGGGCGGUGCUCAAUGGGUAUGUGGCGCUCAGGCACAUCCCAUCGUCCCUCUAA